AGCUGGCGAGCGACUUGUUGGAGACCCUUGCGUCAGGCAGUCUUUGGACCAGAGCUGUGAGGGACAGAAAUUGCAUAGAUGGCAUCAGCUUAGGAUUGGUGCUCAUUUUAAAUGGCUUUAGCAUCAACUUUGGAUGAUUUCCUUUAUUUAAAAACAAGACGUAUUUGUUUCUUCUUCUUCGAUGGUGCAUAGCAGACUACCCCGAUGACUGAUUUCCGAAGCUAUGAAUACGUCACAUUGUCUGUUGCUCUGAUUGGUUAUAGCGCUGUCCAAUUGCGUGCAGAGACCAUCAUAGAUUCUUUCCCAGAACAGAGCUCUGUCUACGGGACUGUAGGAUGGCUUUCCAGAAUAAUAAUUUGGGAAACCUUGCAUGGCUAAAUAGAUGCCUACAUUUGAUUUAACAGGUCUUGUUUAUUUGGAAUCUCUUGUUUUCUCAUCUAAUUACUUGCUUUGAUAAAACAUUCAAUUAUGAAUGAAUGAAUGAAAUCUUUAUUUUUGGACAUUUUAAACGUGCAAUAAUAAUAAUAAAAAAUAUUAAGUCAUUGUAGACAUUAAAAAUGCAAUCACACUGAUAAUCACACAUAAAAGUUUGUCAUAUUCUGUUUGAAAAGGUGUAGGAGGAAGCUGAUGAUUAUUAAAUCCUUACCCCUCUGACACAUAAAACAUAAUACAGUGACCUAAUGUGCAAAAAAAUAAUAAUUAUGUGAAACAAGCUGGUUUUCAUGUGUUUUAUAGAGCCAACAGUCAUAUUUGUGGUUAUAUAUUCACUUGGUAAUCCUUUAUGUCGACUUUUCUUGACUGUUUGUUUUAUUUCAAUGUUUUAACUUUUAGUGUUGAAACAUGCAGCCACAUUUAAUUAAAUAUGUUUAACGUGGCGCUUUUAUUUUGAAAGUGCCGACCGGAUGUUGGGGUUGGUGACGGGGUCUGAUGCAGCUGGAGGAUGCAGAUCUGCAGUGCGGACAAACAGGCUGGAGCUGGACAUCCCUGUCUCCGUCUCCGUCCUGACAGACGCCCCGGGUCAGCUUUAGCCGGGUCUCUCCUUAGUCACUCUCCCGGUUCCGGUCCAGCAGAAGGCAGGAAGGACCAGUCCGCAUCCUCCCCCUCAACAUCAUCUGCAUCAUCGGAGAACCGGAGCAGCACCCGCACCAGGACAGCAGCUCGGCUGCAAUGAGCCCUCCCGGACCCUGAAACCAGAUCCGGUCUUUUGUUUCUUCUUGGAUUCGGUUUGUUCCGGACCUGCAGCCGGUCUGCUCUGCUCGGGACGUCUGCGUUUAGCACGGGCCCGGUCCGGUCUGGCUGCUUGUCGGGGGGAAAUAAAUGGUGAUCUAGUCCUGUGGGAGUCUGAGGCCCAGACCCCGGCCCCCCCUCAGAGGAACGGUGGGUUUUCUGGACCAGAACGUUUUGUGCCGAAGUAAAAUCCCAGAUGAAGAUUCCCAAAAGGCGGAAAAGGAGCGGACGGUGCGCCAGGCUGACACAAGAAAAGGAAGGGUUUUGUCCCGCUCAGGAUUUGUUGUAAACCAUCAGGUUUUCCAGGAGCUCAGAACUAUGAUAAAUGGCUCUUUUAAGCUUGGAGCUGCUCGUGUUCUGUCUGGCUGGCAGAUGCAGUGCCUAGUCCCCGGCCACCAGGACAACGGCAACAUGAACGGGACGUCUGAGCAGGCAGACAUCCUGCCGCCAAACUGCAUGGUCAAAGACCGAUGGAAAGUGCUGAAGAAGAUUGGUGGGGGUGGGUUUGGGGAGAUUUAUGAGGCUUUGGACUUGCUGACGCGGGAGAACGUGGCGCUGAAGGUGGAGUCGGCCCAGCAGCCCAAGCAGGUGCUGAAGAUGGAGGUGGCCGUCCUUAAGAAGCUGCAGGGUAAAAACCACGUCUGUAAGUUUAUUGGAUGUGGCAGAAAUGACAAAUUUAACUACGUAGUCAUGCAGCUUCAGGGUCGUAACUUGGCUGACCUGCGGAGGAGUCAGCCCAGAGGAACCUUCACCAUGAGCACCACCUUGAGACUUGGCAAGCAGAUCUUGGAGUCCAUAGAAGCCAUCCACUCAGUGGGUUUCCUGCACCGGGACAUCAAACCGUCAAACUUUGCAAUGGGCCGACUUCCCUCCACCUACAGAAAGUGCUACAUGCUGGACUUCGGUCUGGCCCGGCAGUACACCAACACCAACGGGGAGGUCCGACCGCCGAGGACCGUUGCAGGUUUCAGAGGGACGGUCCGCUAUGCUUCAGUUAACGCCCACAAAAACAAGGAAAUGGGUCGCCAUGACGACCUCUGGUCAUUGUUUUACAUGCUGGUGGAGUUUGCUGCUGGACAGCUACCAUGGAGGAAAAUCAAAGAUAAGGAGCAAGUUGGUCAGAUUAAAGAGCGCUUCGACCAUCGGAUGCUGCUCAAGCACAUGCCUUCAGAAUUUAGUGUCUUCCUGGACCAUGUGCUGGCCCUGGAUUACUACACCAAGCCAGAUUACCAGCUGCUGAUGUCGGUGUUUGAGAACAGCAUGAAGGAGCGAAUCAUCACUGAGAACGAACCCUUUGAUUGGGAGAAAGGAGGAAGUGAUGUCACGCUGUCGACCAGUGCCUCCACUCAGCCACAGCUCAACACCCGACCCACUGCAGCCAUGGUGGGUGCCAUUGUGACACCGGUCCCAGGAGAUCCUCAGAGGGAAAACACAGAUGACGUUUUGCAGGAUGAACAUCUUAGCGAUCAGGAGAAUGCCCCCCCUCCACCGCUGAGCCGACCUCCCGGGGACACCGCUGUCCAGCAGCAUGCUGGAGAGCCAGGAGAGGCCUGGGAAGACACCGACUUCAACCGCAACAGACUCAGGAUCAGCCUGAACAAGGGCGCUCAGGAAGAGGAGGCAGGCCGGGGGACAUGUCCGGUGUCGCCGGUUCGAGGUGGAGCACCAGAGUCACCGACGGGUCAGGGUCGGCCUUUGCGGUACCGUCGAGUCAACAGUCCAGAAUCGGACCGCCUGUCUGCUGCUGAGGGUCAUGCCGAUGGCUACGGACAGAGGUCUAGGAUGGACAUACUGGGCUCCCCAUCUCGUCACGUCUACUCCUCUCAGCCAGCUCAGAUGCUGUCUGUUGAUCCUGGUUGCCGUGGAGAUCGUCAAGCCAGUGGGCGCCAAGAGGUGUCAGUGGCCUCAGUCGACCAGGAAGCUCAUAGUAAUGCUUUCAUCCGGUCUGUCCCUUUGGCUGAGGAGGAAGACUUUGAUAGCAAAGAGUGGGUGAUCAUCGACAAAGAGGCAGAGCUUCGAGACUUUCAUCCGACAACGUCAGGGACCACUGACGAGGAGCCGGAGGAGCUCCGACCCCUGGAGGAGCAGGAGGAGAGGAAGAGGAUCAGGGCUGGAGGCGGCGAACUGGUGGUCCGUCCAAAGACUCAAACCCGGGAGAACAGCCGGGGGAUGCUAACACUAACGGAAGAGGAGGCCUCAAGAAGGAGUUGUGGGAGCCCCGCCCAGUCGCCUUGUCACUCGUUGCCAUCAGGACGUCCUCGACGGAGAGAGUCAGAACCUACUGGACCUCAAAGACCGUUGGAUGAGGAAAGACAUCAGCCACGGCCCAAUCAGCUGAGGAGGCUGGCCUCCUACGUCUUCUCCUCCUCCACCCUGGAGACAGAGCAGUAUCCCCACGGAGGAGGCAGUUUCAUCCAGAGGAGCCGUUCAGCCGAGAGCAGCCCCGCCCACCUCACCGCCGCCUCUGCCUCGGCCCGGCGCCGGCACGCCGGUACGCUGCCGACCCCCGGCAGCCCUCGGAGCAGACACUCGGUCCUGAAUGUGUCCCGGGUGCAGCUGCAACAGAUGUUAGCAAAGCUCAUGAACAAGAAUAGCAGCUGAGAGGACCAACACACACACACACACACACACACACAAAGACACGCAGGGCUGGUCAGACUGCUGCACUGGGAGAGUUUAUCCACCUCCAUGGUGUAGAUCCCCGACCCUGCAGGUGCAACUCUGAAGGACAGCUGGUCUUUUAGAGAGAAAUAAUCCUAUAAUCCAUGAAUCCUUAAAGAAAUGCCUCCAGUUAAAGUUUCGCCAUCAUGAAAUCAUCUGUAAGAUGCUUUUUUCACAGAGAGCCAGCACCAGUGAGAUGUGGAGCCAUACUGGUAUGAAUAAACCGUUACAUAACAUCAUAACGCACGUCUGACCAGCUCUGCAGUCACUCACACACACACACUUGAAUGUACAUAUAAACACAGCACACCGAGAGCCAAGCCAUAUCUCUGGCUGUGGGAGUAAACAGAUCAGUUACACUCGGUAGCUCGAGCAGCGGAUCCGACGAAGGCCAAAAGAGCUGAAGAUGGGGAAUUUUUUUCAUGCAAUAAACUCCAAAACGCCGCUCUGCGAACCCGAUGCUGCACUCGCCACAGGCCUGGCAGACGGGUGGAAAUAAUGUGAAACUGAAGACUUCUUGUAUCUGUGAAGAGUCAGAGAGUGGGCUGAGCGGGGCUGCUACCAGACUGUUAAGCUUUACACCUUUGCGCACUUUUUUCAUUCACUUUUAGCCACUCAUGCUUUUUGGCUACAACAGAGGAGCGAUCGUGGUGGUAUGCAGGUCAUGCCAGCGAUCACGUUUUUGGAGUCCAACCAUCUUGCCUACCGAGCAAUACGCCGCUGCAGCUUCACAACAUGUCUUCAUCUGCACAAAAGCCAGAGAUCCAUCAGGAUUCUCGCUUCAUCAGAUGUUGUAUAUGAAGGGAAAAUUUCCAAAACAAGUCUCUGAAGUUGUAAAAAGUGAUUUUAAGUUCAUUUUAAUCACAACUUUUGGUAUAAACACUGGAAAUAAGUAGAUUUAGGGCCCCAAAAUCCAAAAGUAAAGUAAUUAAAUAGAAUAAAAUGUUUCAAAAGCUCAAUAAUAUGUAUUAAAACAUCA